AGUGAAAUUAGAUAAGCUUGAUUUGCAAUGGCGCUGCUUACUGCAACUUUCAGCAGCACUUCAUUUUCCCACUCCUUCCCUGUAAAUAGAAUCGAGUUAAAACCGGAGAACAAAUGGCGGCUAUGUUUUGCUAUGAAGUCACAGGUUAGAAUUGUAGAUAGUUCGAGCUCACGAAAUUCAGGGCGCAGUCAUAGGCAAGUGUGGAGGCGGAGAAAAUUGGUGAAAAAAGAUAAGGUCAGGAUAGACAGAGUUCCGUUUCUUGAGGAACAGGUGAGGAAGAUAAGGGAGUCGGGUGAGCUCCUGACAAUGGACAUCGAGAGGCUAUUACUCUCGGAGGAUAAUAGGUUUGAUUUCGUUAAUGAAGUGGCAGCAGAGGCGAAGCAGUAUGUAGAGAACAACCGUGAUGAGUAUGGUGCAAAGAAAGCAAUCCUCCACGUCAUCAGCAACCGUAUGAACGACUCUGGAGUUUACCGUCCUGAGGCAUAUAAGGAAGAUGAUCCUUUCAAGCCAGGUCCUGGCUUCCUAAGGCAAGAACUCUAUGAUAAAUAGUUCUUGUUAUUUUGUAUGCUCUUAGUCGAGCCUGUAUCGGUAUUGCUGUGAUCUGCUAUACAAACUGUAUUGUGAGAGAUAUUUGGGAUGCAAUUGAAAGAGAUCACUUUCUCAUUGGAUGGGACUUGGGAGAGACCAGAGGCGAUGCUUGUAGUGCUGUUUUAGUGUAUUGUAACACGAUAAACUCUUCUUCAUUGUGUUGUAUGCAAUUAGGUUGUAAAGAUUAAAAUUUGAUCCCAUGAUGGUACAUUCAAGUUUAAGGCUUCCUUUAAUGUACUAGGUGGAAUUUGUGGCUA